CCAGGUCACCAGUUCAUCUUCAGCGAUGCCCAAGCGCCGUUCAACCCGUUCACUCAGCCCAGCAGGCCACAACAACAGUUCCUGAACAUCCCUUACCGGCAAGAACCAGCUGGUUUCAGACCCUCAGUCGGCGAUCUACAAACGUCGGAUCUACCAUCGCAUCUGCAGCAUACUCUACCUCAGUACAGGUUUCAGAAUCAGCCGCAACAUGUUGUCAGUUUUCAGGAUGAUACUCCUCCUAACCAGUUCGGCCAUUUUACUUUCCCGAACUCAGAACCAACGGGCUUCCGGUCUACCCAUCACGACAGGAGGAAGAAAAGUGCCCUCGGCGUUACAGCAGGCAACAACUGUUACAGUCUCGGCCUUUUCUGCUCAAGCAACUGACGAAACUACUUUUAAUCCUUUUACUGCCAAAACUUCCCCCGGUCUUGUAUUUAGUUGCAAUCCACCCUCAACACUCGGCAGUACUUUAAAGUUAUCAACUACUACCUUUCUAGACAUUGCUGUGCACCUCGCCAACGACAAACUUUCUGCUUUUCUAACUGAUAUUUGGAUCCUUCGCAAACGGAGACGUUCCUAGGCCAGAUAACCCUCCAGAGUCCUCCAAUAGAGGACCCUCCGCAAUUCGACGUGUUCCCAGAGGUGGCCAACAAUCCUUACGCGGACGGAGUUGAGGGAAAUUCGGUUGGAGGGAACAACGGGAGAAAUGGUUUCCUCAACCACAGGUCAAGAUUCGUAGCUCCAGACCAACCCCUAAAGAAACCCCAAGUGAAAGACUACUUCGUGGACAAUCACGGCGAUGUGUACAGCACCACCAAGGCUCCCAGAACCACACCACCGUCCACUAAAAGUACCAUCCAAGAAAGAAAGUACCCGUUCAAAUCACCCUCGAAAGCCAAACCACCUGUGCCCUUCAACCUGGAGAAAGAGAGGAAAGGGAUCCAAACAAAGAGCCCUCGUCAGAAAGCGGCGGAUCUGGAACCAUUGUUGGAGGAACCUCUUAAGGAGAACUUCGGUACUAGCAACGAUGAUGAGGUUGAGGUGAUCCAGUCAGAAAAUGAUACAAUUGUCGGAAAGAGUGGUGAUGAUCAUCGAAGGCCAAAGAUGUUACCACUAUCACCAACUAAAGAAUCUUCAAAAACCACUCAGUCUUCUGAUCCAUCAACGACCUACUAUGAUGAUAAUGAAGAAUUAAGUACUCAUCUGCCAACCGAGAGCGAUGACUAUGCUGAAGAUGAACUGUAUGAAGAGGAGGAAGAUCAAAAGAACAAUAACGAUAACGAUAUACAGGGUGGUGAGGAUAACGAUCAACAUGAAGCUAAUCAAGAGAAGGAUCAGCCGAGUGAGGAACAUUCUCAAGUCCUAACAACUUCAAAACCAACAACAACGAACUCCAAAGGAAAACUCUACACCUCGAUCGACAGAACUUUCCGUUAUCCAACCACUGAGCCACCAACCACAGCCAUCGACGACCUUGAACCAACAACUUUCUCACCCUCUAUCUCCAGCUCUAAAUCAGUAAGCUUCAAGAGAGGAGAGCAAAUGCUCCAUAAGGAGCCAGAGUUGGUGAUCUCCGUGGUGACCAGCAAAACGGUGAUCAACAACACUGUCGUUGCACCGGUUACUGAGGUGCCGACUGUGACGGAGUCCAUAAAAGGUGUCGCUACAACUCCCACGACCGCUGUAGAUAAUACUACGGAGGCCUGGGUGGUUGUGGCCUCGGUUCAAACGAGCAGGAGUGUCUCGGGAGCAAGAUAUCUUCCUUCCUCCAUAGUUGAACAAGAUAUCAGAGUUAAGCUUUUGAACGAACAUGCGACUGAAGAUGACGACGAUAGCGACCAUGAUCAUCAACAUCAAGAUGACGACAUUGACGAAGAAGAUGACGAAGACGAAGAACAUACGACUACUGAAACAACGAUCAUGCCUACAACAACCAGACCUAAGACAUCUACAGAAAGUUUGAUAGAUAAAUUAGAUGGAUUACAGUCUGAUCUAUCUAGCGGAGUGUUGACAGGUGGUCUUGGAAACAACAUCGCAGUAAUCAAAGAAACAACCUUGGAAACAACAACCGCAUCCACCAGCACAAGUGCCAACUAUCCGUCCACAACUUCUAAACCGUAUCCACAAGUCAAAAUUCGCAAGUUCUCACCAGCAAACCGUCCAACGACCACCAGAAAACCGAGACCUAAGCCUGGAGAAAAGAAACCAUUCGACAUCAACCAGUUGCAAGGUGACCAACCUAGGAAACCUGUUGAUAUCGCUUCGAUUUUGCCUCCAAACUACAAGUUGAAUGCUAGUGAUGACAGGAGUCUGAGGAUUUUGCAGGAGUUGGUUGACAGGAAUUUGAAGAAUAAGAAGAAGGACGAGAGUAGUACUACUAGUACAGCUGAGCAAACUACGGAAAAUGGACUGAAGAUUACACAGGAUGUGGAUAUUACCAAGUUCUUGCCUCCAGGUUACAAGUUGAACGAAAGUGAACUGACCACAGAAAAUGUACUUUUGAAAGAACUGAAAACUGAAGAUAUCUCAAAAUUCCUUCCACCAGGAUACAAGUUGCCAAAAGAAGACGAAACUACGUCUUCGAAAAGUGCCAAAACAACUGAACCUAGCAUAUUCAAGAAUACCAAGGCAGAUGAUGUCUCAAAAUUCCUACCUCCAGGUUACAAGCUACCAAAAUCGGAUGACAGAACCACGGAAAGAAGUUCCACCAAGGCCGAUGACGUGUCCAAAUUCCUGCCCUCGGGGUAUAAAUUGCCUAAGUCUGGCGAGAAGACUACUGAAGCAAGUCUGUUCAAAAACACGAAGACUGAUGAUUUAUCGAAGUUCCUGCCACCAGGUUACAAAGGAAGCACUGAAAGCAGUAUCUUCAAAAACACAAAGGCUGAUGAUGUGUCCAAGUUCCUACCGCCAGGUUAUAAGAUUCCAAAGUAUAAAGAAAAUUCCACGCCUAGUAGUAUUCACAAAAAUACUAAAGCAGAUGAUGUGUCAAAGUUCCUGCCUCCAGGAUAUAAAAUACCGAAAACAACUCCAAAGUCCGAAUUAGAUGAUUCUGCCAAACAAGGAGACAAAGUGCCACCAAAAGCUCAACCUAUCGACAUCUCAGCUUUACUGCCUCCAGGCUACAAUGCAACUGCUAUAGCUCCAGCCGACCUUCUACCGCCAGGUUUCAAGCCUAGUACCGAAACAGCAUCAACCACCAGUAAACCUUCCAAGGUGGUGUUCCCUACAAGACCUGGAGGAGGAGUGAGGAAAUCCGCUACGAGGACUACGCCUAAGAGUAUAAGCAAUGUGGAGAUGCAGAAGCCUACACCCACCAUACAUAAAGGAUGGCCAUCAAGAGCUACGACCGAGUUCACCGGCUGGCCCACACCAUCAACCACGCCCAUCUCCGUGGAGAAACUCCUGGAAGCAGCUCGCGCCGCCCAGGCUGCAAAAACUGGGCCCGCCUCCACGACAACACCCACGCCUUCUACGACGACCACGCCUACUACGACCACAACCACGACGAUGCGACCGACGACGCCCGGAGUGUGCGUCGACGAGUGCGAUCUAGCAGGGACAAUCAAGAUGGUGGAUGGUGUCAAGUGGCAGCCGGAACUGCUGGAUAGGAAUACCAGAGAGUGGCAGGUGUUGGCGAAUGAGGUUCAGACUCAGUUAGACUACGUAUUCAGUUCAUCCCCGGAACUGAGCAGAUGGUACAGGAAAAUCCGGAUAGAUGGCUUCAGCGAGGGCAGUGUUCUUGUAGACUAUCUGGUCGAACUGAACGAUCUAGGAAGGCGCGUUGAUACCCAAGAGAUCAAGCAACUGUUCCAUGAGUCACUUGAUGAUGCUUUGACGGCUUUUGGAAAUUCCAAACGUGGAGGAAAAUCAUUGAACGAGUCUGUUAAGUUAGAAGGAAAACUGACUCUAGGCAAUUUUGUCAUCGAUCCUAUAUACACAGAUUUUCUUGUUCUGCCCAAGCAAAACUAUCCCACAGUGGGAUAUGCUGACAACGACGUUUUGUUGCCACAAUGGGCUAUAGCAGUUAUAGUGAUAGGGCUCGCUUCUCUUUUAUUUGUUAUCAUUUUCGGAGUCACAGUGCUGGUGAACAGACAGAAAAAUGCAAAGAAGAAAAAUCCUACUCCUUUGACAGAAGAUAUGUUAAACGAAUUGAAUAAAAGCCAUAUGGGAGGGUUCGAUAACUAUGGAGCUGAUGACUUAUAUAACAUGGAAGAUGUUUGGAACGACAGGGGAUACGAACAAAAAAUUCCCAAAAAGAGGUCCAACGGUUCCAUCCACGACAACAGUAUGUCGAACCUGUACGACAGCUGGCGAUCAGAAUGGAACGGGUACUACUACAACAGCUACUAUGGUAACCAGCCAGGAAGCAGCCACGGUAGUACCUCGGCCAUGCCGUACUCGGGACGCAGGAGGUCUGAUUAUGACACGAAUUUUUAAGGGAGCUUACAGACUAGCGUACUAACUGCCAUAUGCGAAGUAGAACGCAGAGAGUCCUUGAAAAUUGGUACCACUUGAAACUACAAUAUUGUAGAAAAUUUUCGAAGUAAAAAUGAAUUUCGCCGUAUUUAGUAGAUCCUCAAGAGGACAAUACUCACGUUUCUCGAUUUUAUGAUAUUUUUCAGGUAAAACCAAACUCGAGGACUCUCUGCAAAAAUCUGAAUGUCAUUUUGGCAAAAACAGCCAAUUCUUGUGUGCCAAACAAACAAACUCGAGAAAAGAGAUGGGUACGAAGAAUAUCUGAUGAAGUUAUAUUUUUGAUAUUUUUUUGAUUAUGUACUGAUUAAGUAAAGCAAAAAUACCAAAGAGUGAAAUGCUAGAUUUUGAAUUUGACAGACAAAUGUUUCAUAACUAAAAUUGAAAAAUAUUAAUAGGUACCAUGAUAUAAGUGAAUAAUUUGUACGACUUACGGGAGAACAGAAAAUUUUCAAAAUGACGGCACUUCCAAGUAUAUGCCCAAUUGUUCAUUAUAAACAGAACAUCUUGAAAUUAGUCAUUUUUUUAUUCAUCUGAGAUUCUAAAUACACUUUAUUUACUCGUACAUAUAUCAAUCAUCCUAUACCCUAACCGUUUUUUUUUUUUCAAUAAAUUAUAACAACUUUUUUUCGUAUUUUUGCCUUUGCCGCAUGAUUUGUAGCGGGUUUCCUAAAAUCCAAUUUCAUUCUCGAUGUUUAACAACCCUGUAAUAUUUGUUCAUCUACCCCAAAGCCGAUAUAAAAUAUACUAAAUUAAGCCCUCUGCUAUAUGAAACCCCGUCACAAAACAUACUAACUACAAAGGCAAAAAUGACCCGCUGUAGUCAUUAUUUUCGCAAAUAUGAGAUAGUACUUCAGAUUAGGUUAAACUUCAAAUGAACUUAGAAUAUCGCGUAGAAUCAAAAAAUUGAACAAUACAUGGGGUGCAAAGAGCUGCUUUCUAGUGGCCCUGUUGAGUUACUCUGACUAACUCAGUACUGCUCAGCACCAAUACCGUUCCACUGCACGUUGUAUUCUCAUGCAUUGUUUCUGGAGCAGUUCGGGAACGUAUCACUCUCAAACAAAAAAACCAUUAGAAAGCAGCUUUGUUCGAAGUACAAAUAAGUUGGUAUCUAUUUCCGGUACAACCGGAUGUGCCACUAUUUUGAAAAUAUAUUUCCUUAUUUUAGCCGAGUUGGCUGUAUCAAUCAUACUGUCAAAGAAACAUAACUGCCUUACGUCGACUUAUUUAGUGAUCCAUUGCUACAGUUCUACGUGGGACACCUUGUAUGUUACCUGGAAUUUUCUGUCUUUCUGGAUAUAGCAUUUCUCUCUUUGAUCGUUAUAAACAUAUGGGAGAAGCAAGGCACAGUAUAUGUACGGAAACACUUGGCGCAUGAUGCCAACAUGAAGAUGAUAUACGCAAUCAUGUUUCAUUUCCAAUACCCCAUAUACUCGACGAUUAUAAUCUCGACCUAGUUAAAUUUUAGGUGUUGCUCAAUUUUUUACAUCCCUUAUUCACGCCCUAGCUCUUCCAUUUUUAAACAAAUUUUACAAAUUCGUAUUAAAACUACGAUAGAGCUUUUGUUCCCGUAUGUAUUUAGCUUCCGGAGCUUAUUGUACGCGACAGAGCAUGUUAGGUACUUACGACAAGUAUAGAAAAGUUAGGUUAGGAUGAGGUUGCCGGUUUUGUUCCUAAGGGAUUGCUAGAGCACUUCCUUCGAUAACUUAAGUUUGCGGUCUACCUGUGACAGAAUGCAUAGUUAUGAUUUUGGUUUUGAACAUGCAUUAGAACAUAAUAUAAAUAUUAUUUUUGUACAACUUUCAUUACGUUGUGGUCAUCACGAGCUGCCGUUCACAACAAAUCCGUAAGUCUAUAAGUAAUUGUUUAAAUUAUUUCAUUCAAUUUUCUUAGUGACUUACUGACAAUAAUUAUAUGUAUAACUAUGUAAGACAAAUUCAAAUUCUGUCUCACUUAGAUCUGAGUUAUCGUUUUGAACAUGACUGACAACCUAUAGUUUAACUUUUGGGCUUUAUUCCAAUGGCAGAUUUGGUAUGGGUAGAAAAGGGUAUAUUGAAGGAUAACAAAAGGAGGUCUUGUCAACAGUCUGUCCAGAAGAAUGGAGGACUACAUCUAAAUAGAGUGAAAAUAAGGACUAGACAAAUGCAAAUAUAUUUCACCGAAGUAAUGAAUAAUGAAUUUAUCUGAAUGAUUUGAUUUUCAAAAGAAGUUAAAAAAGUAUGGUAACCAUAUAUAAGUGAAAUUUCCAUAUCAAUAGCAAUUAAAUACCUUGGAAUUCCGAAAAUGUAUAAACCAAGAAGGCAGUCGAUGCAUUAUACAAAGAUAAGGAACCUCUAAUAUUUCUCAGUCUUUCUAAUGGAUUUUUUUAUCAUUUUCACAAGUGUUAAAUAACAAACUGACUUCCUGUUAUCCUCCAACUUGAAGUGUAAAUAUUAGAUGUAAAAAGGAAUAAAAGCCCAAUGUUAGACAACGCUAGAAACGUGUUAUAUGCUAGCAGCGGCUGUAAGACAAUUGCAGGUUAAGUCUGACCAGGUUUAUCUAGUCAAACAGCCUUCAUUGACAAUGGUACUUGCAGUACCGAUGUCUCCUGGCUGUGAUUUUACCUAUCGAGACUUUCAAAUGUUUAUUCGCAUUCGAACGAAUUCGAUUUUUUAUCGCAGAAGUGUUCUGUCAGCGCAUCUCAAUAGAAACUACUUUUUGGCAAAGAUUUUCAUGAGGAAUCCAAAAUCGACAGAUUUGAUUGGCACAAUCAAAAAUUGAUAAACAAAUAAACAUAAACUUUUCUUAUUUUGAGGAAAGCCGGAUAUACAUUGUAUUGUUUCAGUGGUCGUUAUCGACAUACUUUCAUUGAUUUAGUUCAUACAGCAUGUUUUAUGAAAAAAUCGUUAGACAGAAUACUUCAAAUUAAAACAGGAACUCUUUCAAAUUGAACAUUUCUCGAGCUGCAUCACAAAAAUAAGCGCACCAUACCCCAUUUGUAGCUUAGAAGAGCACACGUCAUAAUCGGGAACCCUUCAUGUGCAUUAUCUGUGAAUGUUAAGGCGGGAACACAUUGUCAGGUCAUGUAAGCUCACGAGACAUCACGGAAAUUUACGAGGCAUAACGAAGACUCACGAUACAUGGAACCCUGGCUUAGGUGAAGAAGGGUUAUUGAAAAAUAAUACACUGUUGUCACCCCAGGUACCAAGGUUUCUGUCUAUCAAUUUACAUUUUGAGUUUGCAUGAUAGCUUGAGUUAAUCUGACACGAUAAUAAUGUGUUUUUGCCUUUAUUUGUGAAUGUUAAUCUCAUAUUACAGUCGGUGUUUUAUUAUUGCUAAUGUUAAACGAACAAGGACUUGAAUGUUAAGUGUGUAUAUAUUUGUAAAUAUCCCAUGAAAUUAUCCUCUAUUUUCCCAUUACAGAUAAGUUAUCUAGGAAGUAAAUUUUACCUUUUGCCGUUUAUAAAUUAUUCUAUAUGUAUAAGUUUAUGUAAGCCGUUAAUAAAGACUAAAGAAACCCUAGAA